AUGAGAGCCUUUGUGGGUGAGGAUGAACACUCGACACAACCAGGCACAUCAACAAAACAGAAUGCAGCUGCGGUGGAUCUGGCGAGAGAUCUUGAGGAGUUGAAUCGCUUGCAACAAAUUCUGGAGCAAAUGGGUACCGAGUGUGCGCCGAGUCCAUCAACAAGUCUUGAUAUUCAUUCGGGAAGUGAAAAAGCCGAAACAGCAUCGAUAAAAGAUGGAAAUGGAAAGGAGGAAGGGAGAAGUGAAAGGCUAAAAGCCACUUCAACAAGCUCGCGCAAGUUGAUUCGAGUCCCAUGCAAUCAGAAUGGGCCCAUUCCAUUCACGAUUCAAGGAGGCGCUGCUUUGGCCAGAUUAAUAUCGGUGGAUGUUGUGCGAGCAAAUGAUCUUGUCGGACUUCUCUCACCGGAUGAUAUCAUUGUAACAAUUGAUGAAAUACCGGUGAGCGGAAUGCUUAGAUCAACGGCACAAGCUCUCCUUGAAGCGCAAUGCUCACAAAAAGAUCAAAUUGCUAUCGAGAUUCUGCCGAAAGGUUCAAUACCGGAUGAUCUAUGUUUGAUAUUGUCGGAGAAAGCGAUGCCCGAUCUACAGACGGUGAUUAGGGACAAUGUUUAUGCGAGGACAGUACCCUACACCACACGAGCGCCUAGAGAUGGCGAAGUCGACGGAGAACACUAUCGUUUUGUCACCGCCGAUCAUUUCAACGAGUUGAAAGAUGGCGGCCAUUUGCUAGAACAUGGAACGUAUCAAGAUCAUCUAUACGGCACUCCUCGUCCAUCCGAGAUGGUCUCCGGUCCAUCAAAAGGACCAUUACCGCCGAAUUGGGAAAUCGCUUACGAUGCACAUGGAGAGAAAUAUUUCAUCGAUCACAAUUCGGGAACGACUCAAUGGGACGAUCCGAGAGAUCUUCCAGUUGGAUGGGAACAAGUCGAUGAUCCCGUUUAUGGAACCUUUUAUGUAGAG